AUGAAUGGGUUGAAACUUUAUCAAGAGAUUUUCGGUAUUGAAAGAUUACCUGAUAUAAAACCAUGUUUGUCCAGUAAUAAUAAUACUAAAAACAGUAAUAGUAGGAGUAGUAGUAAUAAUGAUGAUAAUCUAGAUAAUUGUCACCCAAUGGUGAACAGAAUCGAGGACAUACCAAACUUAAAUAACAUAUUCAACGAAGAUGUUUUAAAUGACUAUAUUGAAAUAGGAAACAAUAAUAGAAAACAUAAUAACUAUGAUUACAAUAAUAUUGAUAAGAAUAUACCCAAUGACUAUGUCGAUACUUUACAAAGAAGUACUGAUCAAAGAAAUUUUAUAUUGGAUAAAAUGACCACGAUUAAAAAUGUUCCAGAUACUCAGAGUCUAUCAAGUAAUGAUAAUACUCCAAUAUCAAGUCCCAGAAAAAUAUAUGAUAAUUAUAAUAAUUCAGGCUUUAACCCAAAUAUCUAUCAACAAAGUCAUUCGCAUAAUACUACUAAAAUGAAAACUUCUCCACUCAUUAUAAAAAAGAAUAGAUCUAAUCCAAAUUUGAAUAAUAAUACUUCUAGUAAUCAUCAUCCUUAUCAUACUAUUCCUUCUAAUGCUAAUACUACUAACAACAAGGCAUCCCCUCUAGUAAGUUCAUCUUCAAAGUUCAAGAAUGGUAUAAUACCAAAGAAGAAACCUUCUUUACCACAAUUAUCCAUAGCUGGACUGAAAAAACAAACAAGUUUUUCAAAUUCAUCAAAUAAUAAUACACCUGUCUUAUCUUCUUCAAGAAAAUCACCUUUGCAAGGGUUUGGUCUCUUUGGAAGAUCUCAUUCAAAUGAAGUACAACAAGACAGUUAUAACAACAACAAUAACAAUAAUGAUAAUAGUAAUAUUAUCAACACAAAUAACACUAACAAUCAUAUAAGUAAUAACGUGUGUUAUAAAAAUAUAAAUUCCUCAGCCAGUUCUCAAACAUUAAAUUCUUUUUUAUUGAACCAUCAUAUCUCAUCUAAUAAUUCCACCACAACUAUUAAUGCCACUACUCCAACUACUACUUCCACUGGUUAUCAUAAUAGUAAUAACAAUAACAAUAGUAAUAACAAUACACAUUCCAAAAUUAUAGGGCUAGGGUUAAAGACAAGAAAUUCCUCUGCAUCAUUAACUUCAAAACGUUUUGUCUCUGCAUCAGGUGUAUCUUUGCAUCAUUAUCAUUCAAAUAGUAUUAAUAAUAACAAUAACAGUAAUAGUAAUAGUAAAAAUCAUCGUAGACGUAGUAGUUUUACACCUGUCUCUUCAAAUAUGUCUAUGUCAAUAACUAAAUCUCAUUCUAACGCCACCCUUUCUUCAAAUUCCCAUAAUCAUGGUCAUAGUCAUAGUCACAGUCACAGUCAUAACCACAGUCAUAGCCAUAAUCAUAAUCAUAAUUAUAAUCACCAUGGUCGUAGUCAUAAUGGUAACAGUAACACGUAUAGAAAACCACAGGUGUAUCCUGCUUUAUUAUCAAGAGUUGCAACAAGAUUCAAAAAAAUUAUGCCUCUUGGAGAAUAUAAAAAGGACGGUUUAAUUUAUAGAGAUGCAUUUACUGGUCAACAAGCAGUCGACGUCCUUUGUUCCAUAUUAAGAUCAAAUGAUAGAAACGUUGCAUUGUUAUUAGGUAGAUCUCUGGAUGCACAAAAAUUGUUUCACGAUGUUGUUUAUGAACAUAGAUUAAGAGAUUCCCCAUUUGAAGUCUAUGAGUUUACUGAUAACUCAAGGUUUAUCGGGUCUGGGAAUACUGGGAUCGUUUCAAUUAACUCGCAUGACCCAUUAAUGUUGUUAUCACAAUCACAAUCCACAGUCACUUUAAAUAAUCAGUCCAGUGUGCCUACCGCUAUUUCAAGAUCAUCUUUAUUAAGUCAACACACCGCUAGUUCUUCUGAUACAAAUGUGACUACUCUUAUGAAUAGGUUAUCUUCUAUGACCAGUUCUUCAUCAAUGAAUAUUUCUUUAAUGAACAACAACAAUAACAACAAUAAUAAUAACAAUAGCAAUACUAGCAGUAAUAACCCAUUUAUUAAUCAGUCUGCGUGGAAGAAUCAGCAAGUAGAUCCAUCCACGCUACACAACGUCAAUGGUGUCUUCACAUUGCUCGCAGAUUGUUACUCUCCAACUUGUUCAAAAGAUAAACUAUGCUAUUCUAUUUCAUGUCCAAGGAGACUAGAACAACAGGCUAGGUUAAAUUUAAAACCUAACGGAGGUCUUAAGAGAAAUAUUUCUUUAGCUUUGGAUGAAGAAGAAGAAGAGAAACCUUCUUGGACAAGUUCUGUAUCCGAAGAAGUCUGGAAGGAUUUGCCCAAGAAGGAGAUUAAAAGACAAGAAGCAAUAUACGAAGUGUUUAUCACUGAAAAGAAUUUCGUUAAGUCUUUAGAGGUUACGAGAGAUGUAUUCUUGAAAACAUUGGCUGAGACAAAUAUCAUACCGGCAGAUAUACGUAAGAAUUUUAUUAAGCAUGUUUUUGCUCAUAUUAAUGAUAUUUAUUCAGUUAAUAGACGAUUCUUGGAAGCAUUGACUGAAAGACAGAAAGCCAGUCCAGUAGUGAGGGGGGUCGGUGAUAUUUUUCUUCGAUUCAUCCCAUUCUUUGAACCAUUUGUUUCAUAUGUUGCAUCAAGACCAUAUGCUAAAUAUUUGAUUGAGACUCAAAGAUCAGUUAACCCAUAUUUUGCAAGGUUUGAUGAUGAUAUGAUGAAUUCGUCAUUAAGACAUGGGAUUGAUUCAUUUUUAUCUCAGGGUGUAUCUAGGCCUGGUAGGUACAUGUUACUUGUCAGAGAAAUCAUGAAAUCGUCAGAUGAAGUCAAGGAUAAAAAAGAUUUGGAAAAUUUGAACAGAGCCAUGGAUGCAUUACGUGAUUUUAUGAAGAGAAUUGAUAAGGCUAGUGGUACUGCGCAAGAUAGACACGAUGUGAAAUUGUUGAAGCAGAAAAUCCUUUUUAAAAAUGAAUAUGUUAAUAUGGGGUUGAAUGACGAAAAACGGAAGAUUAAACAUGAAGGUAUUCUAUCAAGAAAGGAAAUUUCUAAAUCAGAUAACAGUGCAGUUGGUGAUAUUCAAUUCUAUUUGUUGGAUAAUAUGCUGUUAUUCCUGAAGGCAAAAUCUGUAAAUAAAUGGCAUCAGCAUAAGGUUUUCCAAAGACCAAUUCCACUACCAUUAUUAUUUGUAUGUCCAGCAGAAGAGAUGCCACCUUUAAGAAGGUACAUUGGAUCUGCACCUGAUACAGCAGGAACAGUAAUUAGACCUGACUAUAAUAUUGCUAAUCCUAAGAAUGCAAUCACGUUUUUAUAUUAUGGUGCUAAACAAAAAUAUCAAAUUACUUUAUACGCAGCUCAAUUGGCAGGAUUACAAACUUUAUUAGAAAAGAUUAGGCAAGAACAACAAAGGAUUAUUGACUCAACAAGCAUAAUAAAUGUUACAAAAGUUACUGAUAAAUUUUUUGAUUAUGCUAAUAAAAUUAAUAGUGUUAGUACAUGUGAUGGUGGUAGAAAAUUAUUAAUCGCUACGAAUUUAGGUCUUUAUAUUACUGAUAUUAAGAGACAGGAAAAUAGGGAGUCUAAAAAGACAUAUAUCAUUUUUUCUUCUUUGGUACAAUUAGUCCAGAGAAGUAAUGUUUUACAAGUAGCAGUUUUGGAUCAAUUUCAGUGUAUUUUGUUAUUGAUUGAUAAAAAGCUUUAUACAUGUCCAUUGGCGCUUUUAAACGCAGGUGAUAACGGGACUUCAUAUUUCAAGAAGCAUGCCAAAGAGUUGGUAAACCAUGUUAAUUUCUUUUCUGAAGGUGAUUGUAACGGUAAAAGAUUAAUUGUAACCGCGCAUUGUUCUUCUCAUUCUAUCAAGUUUUUUGAAUUAGAACCACCUGCAUUUUCUGGUACUGGUAGUAAUAGUAAUACAAAGAAGAAUUUAAAGAAAAAGGUAACUGAGGUAUUAUUUGAUUCAGAACCCGUGUCUAUUUCAUUCCUUAAAGCAAAUUUAUGUAUCGGUUGUAAGAAGGGAUUUCAAAUUGUUAGUAUAUCUCAAAAUGCACAUGAGUCGUUGUUAGACCCUGCAGAUACUUCAUUAGAAUUUGCACUUAAAGACACAUUGAAACCUAUGGCAAUUUAUAGAGUCGGCAACAUGUUUUUAUUAUGUUACACGGAAUUUGCCUUUUUUGUUAAUAAUCAAGGGUGGAGGAAAAAAGAGUCACAUAUAAUUCAUUGGGAAGGUGAGCCGCAAAAAUUCGCUAUCUGGUAUCCGUAUAUUUUAGCCUUUAAUACUAAUUUUAUUGAAAUUAGAAAAAUUGAAACUGGUGAAUUGGUCCGCUGUAUUCUUGGGGAUAAAAUUAGAUUACUACAAACCAAUACUCAAGAAAUCUUAUAUGCAUAUGAAGAUGCCCGGGGUUAUGAUACUGUUGCGUCGCUAGAUUUCUGGGGAUGA